UGUAUGAAAAGAAGCGAAACAAGUGCCAGUUCCGGUGCGUGUCGUUUGACGUGUCAUUGGUACCGGCAAUUAAUUAAUUAACUCACAUUAUGAGUUGUCAUUUACACAUUACAGCCGGACUGGUGACCCUAAACAAAUACGGUUUUUGAACACUUCAUAGGAUAAUUUGGUGUUUUUAAUUCGGUUUGAAAAGAAUAUAAUCAUGGCCGAUGAAAUUGGGAAUUAUAUGAAAGAAAUAUUUAAGGAAUAUAAUAAUUUAAGAAGAAAUUCCCAGUCAGAAACAAAUCUAGUCAUCAAGGAGAGACCCCAAUACUGGGAUGUUGUUAUUCUGACAACCUUCGACUCCGCCCAAAGGGAGAGUUUCGAGCAGCAGAUUGCACUGAAACGGCAGAGUGGACAUUUUCCUGAUGUUCCAAUCCAUGUUAUAGCUGAUCCAGUAGGUCAGAAGCUUGGGGUUGGGGGGUCAACUCUGCACGUCUUGACUGAGAUGACCAAAAUCUACGGCAGCGACCUUCAUCAGAAAAAGUUGCUCAUUAUUCACUCAGGUGGCAGCAGUCAGCGGUUACCAAGCUACAGUGUCAUUGGCAAGAUUUUUGCUCCACUUCCUUGCCAAGAACUGAUUGUUGGCAUGUCCAUUCCGCAAAUGUUGGACCUUAAGCUUGCAAUGUACCUGCCUUUCUGUCAGCUGCUACAGCCGGGAGUAUUUGUCACCUGCGCUGACGACAUAGAAACUUACUGUCUCAAUCCAGAAGAGCUAAAUGCGAAAAUGCUUCAGGCAGCAGAUGUAGCGGCAUUGGCACACCCCUCUGACAUCCAGACAGGGAAAGAUCAUGGAGUUUAUGUGUUUGAGGACCAGGACUCAGAAAAUAUGGAUCGAGACUGUAACUGUGUGAUGCAGUGUGCAGAAGUGUUGCAGAAACCCACAGAGAGCAUCAUGAGGACCAGGGGAGCAGUAUUAACCAAAGAGGACAACGGCUGUACCAGAGAGCAAGUAUGGAGUGACAGUGUAUUCUGGCUGAGUGCAAAGCUGUAUGAUAAGUUAUUGAAAUGGUAUAGUAACAACACCCCAUUAACUUCAGAACUAGAUGCCUAUGCACACUUCCUGCCAUGUCUCGGGUCUAGAAUGAAAAACGCAAAGCCCUCAGACUUUGUAGAUUUUCGGACUGAGAUGCUGCCUUUGCUUCAGGACAGUAACUUCCAACUGGUCCUUCUUAACAAGUCUAAGUUCUAUCAUCUUGGCACGAUGCAGGAAUAUCUAAUGCACUUCAACAUCUUGGAUGUGUUUUGCAGAGAAUUAGGAAUUGUAAAAAACACAAGUAACAUUCCUAAACCCUUCAUUGAACGAAAUAAAAGCUCCAGUAAUGAUGUUAGUAUUCAUGAAAAAAUGGCUAUUGAAACCUAUUUUUCUGAUGCAACUCUUGGGAUAACAGUUCUACAGGACAAAGCUCAGGUUGUCAUUGAAAACUGCUUUAUAGAUUUGCCAUUAGAGAUAGAGGGCCACACAAUCAUUAGUAACUGCACCUUGAAAAAGUGUCCUAGUGUGAGAUUUCUCUAUGAUAGGGUCAGCUUGUUCCAGGGUUUCUUGUAUCACACUGUACCUAUUACUUAUGAGAACCAAAACCUAUAUGUAACCAUCGCUUUUGACAUAAACUGCAACAUGAAGAAAACAUCAAAGAAUUUGUCUGAGAUUGAGCUGUAUGGAACUACCCUUAGUGAUGUGGUUUGUUAUCUUGGUUAUAAAUCAGAAGAUGUGAUGCCAAAAAAUGCAGCAGUCAUAUCUCUUUGGACAGCAAAAAUAUUUGUGGGGAAACCUACAGCUGCUGAGAGCUUUUGGUGGACCCACUACAAUGUGAAUCUGGUGCUGAACAAACUGCAAGGUACACCAAAGCAAACAGAAUUUGAUGGUGAUGAUAAUAUGGUGUUACUUAGUAUGUAUGAAAUUACUUUGAAUAAGAACCUAGAAAUUUUAUUGAAGGACAGAGAGCAACUUAGCUGCCUUUUGAAAGAAUAGAUUUAUAGAUGGCCAGAUUUAAUCUUAUGAGUUAUGAGCAGACAGCUCAAUGUGCAAUACUGAUUUUUGUGAGUUUAUUGCAUUUGUUGCAGUGUGUAUGAUGGGAAUGGGAAAAUCUCAAGUGUUGUGAAAAUUAUAAAGAAUUCUUAAAUAUCAUAUUUCUUGAUAUAGUCCAAACAGACCUUUAUAUAACUUGACAUUAUAUAAUUUCAAAGACUUUAUUAUUUAAGCCUUUAAGACUUCAAAGAUUUUAUUAUUUAUCAAACUACAAUGAUGAACCAUUCUUGGUGCCACUACUAUCUUUUCUAAAAAUUAUGUCAGUAAUAAGAAAGAAAGAUAAACCUUUAUAUUCAAUUUUGCUAAAAAAAACUUUACACACUAAUAAAAAUUCAGAUAUAACAAACUUGAUUAUUUUCAGUGCUGUUCAUGAUGGUCAUUGAUUUUAUAUACAGAGGCAUGGCAACCCUACCAUGGACAGCAAUUCUAUAGGCACCAUAGUUACUCAGGUCCUCAUCCUGCUGUUCUGCCACCCAAGAUGAUCUGCUAUAGUUGUGUUAUAAGGCAGGACACCCAGUGUUGCCAAGACACACAUUAAUUUAAUAUAUAUAUUUAGUAUUGAAACACUAGAAGUAUUCCCCUCUUUAAAAAAGUGGGUGUACCAUCCACUUACACAUACUGGCACCCAUUUUGUCUGGAUGCCAGUAUGCAAACAACUUUCCCAGGAUGCUAUACCCUACCCCAAUUGGUUUUGGUCCAGGACAGAGUAUACCACUUGGUGGUAUACUCUGUUGGUGAGCUUGAGGUCAAAGAAUUUGAGGUCUACUUUUUCACAAACUUUGUUUUGCACUGACCUUUUUCAUAUAUAAAAUCCAAAAGGCACAUACAGCUUAGAGAGAGAUAGGACAUCCACAGGAUAAUGACCAGAAUUACCUUGAUAUCUUAGUCAGUCACAUGGUGCAUAUGCUUUCUCAUGAGGACUUUAGCUCAAGCCCCAACCUUGAGAGUCCUGGGGCAGGACCCCUCCAGUAUGUCUUCCAGUAUAGUUUCUGCCUGGAUCCCAGCCCUCAGGAAGGUCUUUCAUGGUGUUCUUCUGCAUGACCAGAAUCAUCCUGUGUUCUUCAAGGGAGGAGACUUGUGGGAAUGUAAAUUCCUGUUCAAAAGCUUAACAGUCUAGGGAAACCUCAGGACUACUACGCCAUUAAGAUACUCACAAGGCUGGUUGAUUUCCUCGUCCUGAAAUAUUAUGAGUGAUUUUUGUUUUUAAUGGGGAUACUGCAAAGCCAUCCAACUCUUCCCUAAUAUUCAUAAGUUGAUGAUGUCCUCUUCACAGAGAUCUUUAUCAUAUACCUCAUAGAAGAGCUUGGCAGCCACACAGGUUCUCACGCAUCCUCUUUUAUGGUACUCCUCUCUACGGACACCAGUUAGCUGAGUUCCAGGCAGAGGCCAAGCCACUUACCUGAUCUUGUGACCACAGGAUUUUCCUGGUCUGACCUCCCAACUGUGACAUUUUUUCAACAAAUAUAAAUUUCUUUGGGAGAAUAAUAAAGGUACUCCUUUAUGAGAGACUGCAAAAUUAUUAUCAAUUACCAAUUACAUGUUAUAAAGGCCAGUAAUAAUUUUCCAGAUGCUUGGUCCUUAGGCCCUGUUAUUAAAUGCCUUAUUGCCUGUAACUUCUUUAAAAAUGACCUGGCAUUUCUCUAAUUCUAUAAAACAAAGAAAGAGUCUCCAAGUGUUUCCUUAAAGCACCCAUUGUGGGAUCCAUAGUAAUCGCUACUUGAUCUGCUUUUAUACAACAACUGUUGCCGCAGUUAUAUAUUCUAUAUCUUUAAAAUACACCCUUUUACAAUAAGUUUCACCCUAUAAAAGGUUAAUGGUCAAGCAUGCUUCUUGUGGCUUGAGAUCCUCUUACUCUGUACUGUUGUGCAUUGAAUAUACUCUUUUUUUAAACCUGAUUGGGUCAAUUUGAUUCUAACAUCAGUCUCUCCACAUGAAUUAUUAACUAUUCAUAACAUAUGAAUGCAAACGGAUAGAUCACUGACUUUCCCAAUCUGUAUAAGAUCUAUGUUUAUUUACGCAAACAAUUGGCACUGCCUUUUGAUAGAUUUGGCCCCCCUCUUCUGUUAGAAAAGGUCUUGCCCUUUGCCUAUCUGGAACCCUUCUCUUAAUCUUUUCCACUGUUCUUGACACUUAACUACCUGCUUACUCAUGACACAUACCACUUAAGAACAAUCCAGUUUUAUAAAAAGGGAUAAUAGUAGUUUUUGUACUAAUGAAUUGUUUUCAAACUUCACCAAACUGGCCCACGUCCUUCCAUGACCAGAUGUCAAAAGAUGUACUGGUCUUCUGAAAGGCCUUUGGAACUACUAAACUAACUGCCUGUUUAGUUUUCUACAACUUUGUAUAAUAAUCCUUCAGGCAUAACUUAAUAGUCACUGAUCACUAUAUGUGAAAGUAUAACCUCUGGUAAGAUGUGUUUUUACUGAACUCCUGAGUUGAUCAGUCCAGGCCUGACUAACCUUUCUGACCAAAUCUUAAUUACCUCCAAUGACCCUGGCCAUAGGUGUGAAUCUGUUGGUCUAUCAGAUAAAUCAUGGUCUUCGCUAGUGUUAAAAUCAAUUGCAACCAUAUGCCACCUGUCAGAACUCGCUAUGUUAUCAUAGAA